UGGGGCGGAACCUCGAAGCUAGUAGCCAUUCCUAGCAUAGCAGAGCUAUGUGACCACACAUUAUAAUCAAAACAUAACCUUUCAACGUCGCUGAUUAUGUUACCUAACGUUAUGUAACUACACUACACAAUACUAUACUUUGGUAAAGUACCGAAAUACAAGAGUUCGUCAACUGGUGUUCAACAUAAGAAACCAUUAUGGAUGCAGUGAACGCGUUCAACAUGGAGUUGUUCUCCAUGAUUGACAUGAAGCCUCCAAUAUCCCGUGCUAAAAUGAUGUCUGUAACAAAAUCAGCCAUCAAAGCUAUCAAGCUUUACAAACAUGUUGUCCAGAUUGUUGAAAAGUUCAUCAAGAAGUGCAAGCCAGAAUUAAAAAUCCCUGGUUUGUAUGUUGUGGAUUCCAUUGUUCGACAGUCACGGCAUCAGUUUGGUGUUGACAAAGAUGUAUUUGGGCCCAGAUUCUUAAAGAACUUCACAGAUACCUUCCAAAACCUUUACCGGUGCCCAGAGGAUGAUAAGGUACUGUAUUUUAACAAAAUUCUUCGUGUCCUGAACCUGUGGCAGAAGAAUGGUGUGUUUGACAUGGGCAUCAUUCAGCCACUGAUGGAUAUGUCCAAUGGAGCCAAUCUACCUGUUCCUGAACUGGAAGUUCCUGCUGAACCCCAACCGGAGACACAGCUUCCUAUCACUAGUGCCUCAGUUGUGCCUGCUGUGUCCCAGCUACCCACUCCUGAUGCAUUAGCUGCUGUGGCACAGCUUUUUCAAUCUCCCCAUGGUCAGGAGCUGCAUAGGAUGCUCCAGAACUUCCAGCAGGCAGAUAAGACCCUGGCAGCCACGCUUGCAAACAACAUACCAAACCAACCACAGAAGCCUGUGUCCCAGCUCAACUCGUACAGUGCACACACAGAAAAGAGAGGCUCUUUAGCCGAGAAACUCCUCGACCGAUUUGAUUACGAUGAUGAACCUGAGGAAACGACAGCAAAAGAAGGCAGUGCCCCGUCACAAGGCAUUCCUGAAACUGAUUUCAAUCAGUUUCCUGGUCAGAUGCCUGCCCCGGAGAAUGUUCAUCCACAUAUGAUGGCACAUAGCGGUGGUAUAGAGCACGGUGGAGGAAUAAGUCAUGGUGAACAUCAUAUGAUGCUGGAUGGAUACCGUUCCAUAAAUGAGGCUUAUUCACAAUCACAGGGAAAUUCAAGAGAAGACUCAACUGUGAGGCGGGAGGGCAGACACCGAGGCUAUGGCAGGAGAUCACGGUCCAGAUCUGGUUCACGAUCUCCCAAGAGAAGAAGAUCACGGUCUUCGUCCCGCUCAAGAAGGUCAAGGCAUCGGCGCUCUCAUUCUCGCUCUAGAGAACAACGCUUGAGAUCUCGCUCUUGUUCUCAGGACAGGAAUGAAAGAGAGAAGGACAGAGAGCGCAGACAGAAAGGUUUUCCCAGCAUAAAGAUCAAGAUGCUCAGUGUUUGCAGCACCACACUUUGGGUUGGUCAACUAGACAAGAAGACGCAGCAGUCCGACGUGAUGUCCCUUUUGGAAGAGUUUGGCCAGAUUGAUUCCAUCAAUAUGAUUCCUCCGAGGGGUUGUGCCUAUAUUGUUAUGGUUCACAGACAAGAUGCUUAUACAGCCUUGAACAAACUCAGUAAGGGUUCAUACAAAGUCAAUCAGAAACCUGUUAAGAUUGCUUGGGCUUUGAACAAAGGUAUAAAAUCAACGCACAAAAAGUUCUGGGAUGUGGAGCGGGGAGUUACCUACAUUCCCUGGAGCAAAGUCAAAGUUGAGGAGUUGGAGAGCUAUCGGGAAGGGGGUAUGCUGGACGCAGACACACUCAAUCCAGAGUGGAAUAAUGGCAAGGACCUCAGUAAGCAGCCAUCUGUAAAUGGAGCGCUGGAAAGUGUACCUGCAGAAGGAACUGUCACUGCUCACAUUCAGGUGCCACCGGUUCAACAGGCAGCACCCAUCGGAAGUCCCCCUGCUUUUCCCGGCCCCAUCCUGCUGUCCCCUACAUCCAUGCCUCCAGGAGGAGCUCCUUUUAUCUCCACAGAGUUUGACCUUUUAAAGUUGGCACCAGGUAGUGUAAAACCUCCAGAGGAGUCCACCAAGGAUUCUAAAAGAGACACAGGCACUCCCUCAGAUCUGGCCACCGACAACCAUCUGGGGUCUCCUGCAGCAUUGGGCAUGGCCCUGCCAGCCACAGCAGUCAUGCAGGGUCCCAGAUUGGGUAUGUCCCCUCCCGGCAUGCCCAAUCCUCAUCUACCUCCAUUCCUCUCACCUCCAAACAUGCCACACAUGCCCCCGCAAAUGAUGCCCGGAGGACCGAUGUUUCCACCAGAUCGAUUCAGAAUGCCUAUGCCCUUUCCUCCUCGCGGCCCUCCUUUUCAUCGACAUCCUUCUAUGGGACCAGACGGCAUGCAUGUCAGAGAAGGGGGCCAUUUCAGAAAUGGGAGAGCAGGGUUUGGGUGCCCACCCUUCCAGAGAGGGAGGUGGUAGAGGUAUUGAAGGACCUGAGGGGAGAGGAAGCUGAAUCACUGUGACGGAUAAGUAUCAAGACGUCUGGUUCAACAAGGACUGUUGUGAACCAUUGAGGGUGCAUACAUUUGUGUUUGGACUUUCUUUUUUACCACAAGGACCUUUUCUUACUGUCACAAACAAUGAAAAACAGGACACAGUGUUCUGAAUGUGAUCCAUGCGCCUUCAAGUUCACCAGAAAAGACUCUUUGCUGUAAAUACUGUAUGUGCUCGUUGCUGUUUGCUAUGUUUUUGUAUAUUUGAAGUUGUGUAGUCUAUGCUGAAGUCUAAUCUUAGUAGUUGGAGGGGAUAACAAAGGCAAAGUCUGUAUUUUUUAGCUUAUUCCUUCACCAUAGUUUUUGUGUAUGGAAGGAGACUAAACAUAUAUAAUUCCUUCACUUUUUGGGGUAUUUAGUUUUUAGAAAAAUGUCUUUGUCUUUGUAACACACUGUUUAAUUCUUCAGUUGAAGUUGGAUUUCAUUUGAAGGAGAAGACAUCAUGUCCUGCCAGCAGAGGGUAGUGUAAACCCUGUUACCAUGGCCAACCUCUGUUGUACAUAAAGGUCACACCUUGUAGGAUCAUGUGCAGUGAAUAUUAAAAAAGGGGUACAAUUUGA